AUGGCCCAGCUGAGCGUAAACAAGCGUGACUUCGAGCCUCUUUUGCUGGGCCCACUGCUGGAUCGUGGCAGCCACCUCCAGCCAGAGAACUUGAUCAUUACGAAGACCAAGAAUGGCUACCACACGCAGACCUAUUCGGAGCACCUGCGGAGAUCAAGACAAUUGGCGUCCGCGCUUUUCAAUCGAGGAGUCAAGCUGGAAGAUAGAGUUGGAACUCUGAUGUGGAACUCUGCCUGGCAUCUGGAAUGUUAUCAUGCUAUUCCGUGCAUGGGAGCAGUGCUGCACACGUUGAAUCUUCGUUUGGGACCUGCGGAUUUGGGCUACAUCAUUGAGCAUGCCCACGACCGCAUCAUCAUCUCAGACUGUGACAUGCUGAAACUUAUUGCCCAAGUUGAUGCCUCGAUCAUUCAGAGAGUUGAGCUUUUGGUUUGUGUCGGAGAAGACUGUGUGCCAGGGCAAUGGCAGCUUCCACAAGGACUAGAUGCAUCCAAAGCCAUCGACUACGAAGAGUUUCUGAGUGCAGGAAACCAAGACUUCAGAUGGCCACAUUUUCCAGAGACGACCACCAUGGGCCUUUGCUAUACCUCAGGCACCACUGGCAAACCCAAAGGUGUGUCGUACAGCCAUCGGUCCACUUACCUGCACACGUUGGUGGUGUCACAGGGUGAUCAGCUAUGCUUGAGAGGGUUUGAGGUCGUGCUGCCCUUUGUGCCGAUGUUUCACGUGCUUUCUUGGGGUACACCGUUUGCACUCUUGAUGUCAGGCAUCCGUUCUGUCUUCACCUCACGGCACAUGGAUCCUGCCUCCAUGGUGAAGAUGAUGAUCGACUGGCAGGUGGGUUUGUCUACCGGCGUGCCUACAGUGUGGCAGGGUGUGAGAAACUACAUCCAGGAGGAGGGCGUGGAUCUUCUACGUCCUCAGUUGGCCUUGAAACGCCUCACCUGUGGUGGAUCAGCUCCACAGCCAGAGCUGAUGCGAUGGUUUCUGGAGAAGCUCAACGUGGAGUUUCUUCAAGGCUGGGGCAUGACCGAGACCAACCCCAUGGGAUCCAUCGCUAUGCGCGUGGCCAAAUAUGCGGACCUCAGUAAGACUGAAGAGGAGAAGUUUAAGAAUGUCACUAAGGCAGGUUUGCCGAAUCCUUGCAUUCAAGUGCGCAUUGCAGAUGCGGGAGACUUGUCGCAAGAGCUGCCACGUGGUCAAACUGGAGAGCUUUUAGUGCGUGGCCCUUGGGUGAUCCAGGAGUAUUUCCAAGUGGAUGCACCUGACAAGUUUUUUGAUGGUUGGUUGGUCACUGGCGACGUGGCAAAGAUUGAUGAGGAGGGUGCAGUUGUAAUCAGCGAUCGCUCCAAGGACGUGGUGAAAUCUGGCGGCGAGUGGAUCUCUUCCAUUGAUAUGGAGAACCAGAUUGCAGCCAUGACCGAAAUUGAUACCGCUGCAGUGGUGGGUGUGCCUCAUCCUCGGUGGGAUGAACGCCCUAUCGCAGUUGUCACGAUGGCGAAAGCUCAAAGCUCGCAGGAUCUCCUGAAGAAGGUACGGCAGCAUCUGUCUUCAAAUUUUGCCAAGUUCCAGCUGCCAGAUGAUGUCAUUGUGUGGGAUGCAAUACCAUUGACGAGCACAGGCAAAAUUGACAAAAAACUUAUCCGUGCCAAACUGAUAGAGCAGAGCUAUGUUUUACCUGAGUUCUCGAGCGCGAAGUCCAAGCUGUGA